UGCUCGAUCGGGCACAGUCUUCCGCGAGGCAGCCGUCACAGCCGCUUUUCUCCAUUCCUCUGAAGGAACAAGCCCAGAACUUGCCAUGGAAGUAACCGUGGAUGAUGUCAUGGUGCACGUCUCGGCCGAGGAGAAGCACACCUCGCCCGACUACAUGGACACCAGAGACGGGGAAAAACGUAGCCGCUCUUCUUCCUCAUCAUCGUCGUCCUCCAGCGACAAAGAAGAGCAAAAAAGUCAAGAGGAUGUGGAGGCCAAAGAGGUAUUGGCGAUAGAGAAGACUGCCGUCCAUGAGACCAAAGCAGAGGAGGUGAAUGGCGGAUCCAGACGCUCCUCUUCCUCCUCCUCCUCCUCCUCCUCAUCCUCCCGGGGAGCAGACAACGCCGAGGAUGGGAUGCUGAUGGCUUACAAGCACCAUGAGUCUGACUCCGAGGUGGCAAAGGAGAAGGAUUUGGUGGACUACAGCAUCAAGACAUUGGAGAACGUUGUCCUGGAUCAGAGUGCCCUCGCUCCGGUCGAUCCCGAGCAUCCUGAGAUCUCACUUUACGUCAAGGCGGGCAGCGAUGGUGAGAGCAUCGGCAACUGUCCUUUCUCUCAGCGCCUCUUCAUGAUCUUGUGGCUCAAAGGUGUCGUCUUUAACGUCACCACCGUGGACCUCAAGAGGAAGCCGGCGGACCUGAACAACCUGGCACCUGGCACCCAUCCGCCAUUCCUGACCUACAAUGGUGAUGUCAAAACAGAUAUCAACAAGAUAGAAGAAUUUCUCGAAGAAAUGCUGGCACCUCCAAAGUACCCCAAACUGUCAGCUAAGCAAAGGGAGUCCAACACAGCAGGCAAUGACAUCUUUGCCAAGUUCUCCGCUUUUAUCAAGAACACCAAGAUGGAUGCCAAUGACGCCUUGGAGAAAGGGUUGACAAGGUCCCUGAAAAAGCUGGACGACUACCUAAACAGUCCGCUGCCUGACGAGAUUGACAGCAACAGCAUGGAGGAAGAAAAGACAUCCAGAAGACGCUUCUUGGACGGAAACGAACUGACACUGGCCGACUGCAACCUGCUGCCCAAAUUGCAUAUAGUCAAGGUAGUGGCCAAGAAGUACCGCAACUACGACAUCCCCUCGAAUAUGACUGGCAUCUGGCGUUACCUGAAGAAUGCUGCCGCCCGUGACGAGUUCAACAACACGUGCGCCGCCGACUCCGAGAUCGAGAUGGCCUACAAGGACGUGGCCAAGAGGCUUGCCAAGUAGCCUUUUAGCAACCAAAACCAUCCCUUUUACACUUGGCCCUCCAGAGAUUUAUUAGUUUAAGGAUGCACAAAUGCACUCAAAUGUGACGGAUGGUCCCUAUCCCGCUGUCUGUAUUUAUUCCUCGUGACACAAUGCUCCCUUUCACAUGUGCUACGUAGCUUUGAGUCACAGACGCGUCGAGGCGCUUAGAUUUAUUUAUCCCCACGCCCGUGGACGUCUCGCCUGAUUCCAAUGUUUAUUAUUGAGCUCCCACUGCGCCACGUCUUCCCCUGAGACGGCGCGCCUACGAGCCGUCAACGUCAAUGUUCCCCUUGGUCGUCAUUAAACUCCACUUGUUCUGCCUCCUCACGCUUUUCUCUACUGUUAUUUCUUUCUUUUUUUUUAUAUGAAAGACUAAAAUACUUCAAGUCAGGCCAGCAGUUUUUGGGCCC